AUGUCUGAUACUCCCCAGCCUUCCACUCUCAAGUCCGUCGUCGACUCCGCCUCCGGCGCUGUCCAGAGUGCUAUUGGCAGUCUCACUGGAAACACCAGCGACCAGGCCGCUGGCGACCUCAAGAAGCAGAAGGCUGAAGCCGAGCAUGAUGCGUCCCACGCUACCGCUAAGCUCCCCGGUGCCACCCUCUCUGGCUCCGGUGCCGCCGCUAAAGAUGAUCCCAACCGCACCGAGGGUUCUUGGAACCAGACCGCUGGCUCCGCUAAGGAGGCUGUUGGUGGAAUCAUCGGCAGCGAGUCCCUGAAGAAGGCUGGCCAUGAGCAGAAUCUCGAGGGUAGAAACCAGGAGGCCAAGGGUCAGCUCAGCGAUCUCGGCACUGGCAUCAGCAACCGUGUCCAGGGCACUGUUGGUGGCGCCGUCUCCAACCUCACCGGCGACAAGGAGCAAGAGGCUCACUACGACGAGCUUCGUGCUGAGGGCAAGACCCGCCAGCGUGGUGUUGAGCACGACAUCCAGAAGAAGGCCGAGGCAGAGAGCCGCGAAUAA